AGUGAAAGAUUUGGCAGAGAACCAAUUUCUCCGGAGAAGCAAUUACUGAUUGCGAUAUGGACAUUGGCUACACCAAAUUCUUACAGAUGUGUUUCAGACAGAUUCAAUGUUGGUAAAGGUACUGCAUGGCGAGUUGUGCGAAGAGUGAUUAAUGCGUUAUAUGAAAAAGUAGGAACAUUUAUUUCUUGGCCAAAUAGACAAGACGCAGAGCAAACUAUGGAAACAAUAGAAAAUAAUUACGGUUUCCCAGGAGUUAUCGGUGCGAUAGAUGGAACGCAUAUAAAAAUUACUGCGCCAAAAUAUCACGGUGAAUCAUAUGUAAAUAGAAAGGGAUAUCACUCUAUUCAAUUACAAGUUAUUUGUGAUGCACGUUUACGGUUUAUUCAUUGUUACACAGGACAAGUGGGAUCUGUGCACGACAUGCGUGUGUUUCGUUUAUCAAAUGUCGAAAACAUGUUCACUAAUGAAAAUUUUCCACAUGAUAGUCAUAUAUUAGGCGAUGCAGCAUAUCGGCUUACCAAACACGUUAUGGUACCAUUUAAGGACAAUGGUCACUUAACUGAACGUCAAAUAAAUUUUAACAAACGACUUUCUAGUGCAAGAAUGAUUGUAGAACGAUCGUUAGGUUUGUUAAAAGGUCGUUUUAGAAGCAUUCUGGAUACACUUCCAAUGCGAAGAACAGAUUUGAUCCCAAAAUAUAUUAUUGCAUGUUGUAUUCUGCAUAAUAUAUGCAUAUUACAAAAUGAUAUGAUAAACAUUCCUAUUAUUGUUAAUGAGCCAAAUAUCGCGCCACCACAAUUAGAAAUAAAUUGCGAACAGAGAGAGGGCAUUGAAAAAAGAAACGCCAUUAUGUAUUUGCUACCAAACAUGUAA